UUCCCCGCGGUCGCGCGCCAGGUGGCGGCGUCGCUCCGGCCGGGCAGCAGCUGAGGAGACGCGGCCGAGCGGGGACCCGGGACAUGGCGGCGCCGGGGGCAGCGCGGGCCGGGGUGCUGUUCCGCGACGUUGCUGUGUGCUUCUCGUGGGAGGAGUGGCGCCUUCUUGAUGAGUCCCAGAGAAAGCUGUACCGCGACGUGAUGCUGGAGAACUUUGAGCUGCUGUCGUCCCUGGGUUGCUGCUUUGGAGUAGAGAAUGUGGAGAUCCCCUUGGAACAGAGCCUCUCUCUAAACGUGUUACAAAGCAGCACUUCCCAACCAGCUUUAUCGUCCCUGGAGACUCACCCCUGUCGACACUGUGGCCCAGUCUUGAGAGACAUUUUCCACUUGCCUGAGCACCAGGGACUGGAAGACAGUCAGAAAGGGUUGAGAUGUGGUGCAUGUGCAGAGCAGUUUUAUGUCAGUGUAAACUCGAAUCAGCCCCAGGAACAAGAGGAAGCUCUCAGAAACAAUGUGGGCACAUCCCGGAUCGUUAAAAGCCGCGAGGAGACCGGGAAGGACUUUGUAGUCAGUUUGGAACAUCUGCAGCAGCAGGCCACUUACCUCAGGGAGAGGCCAGACAAAACCACGCAGUGCAGAGCAGCUUUGCAAAGCAGCAGAGAUCUCUACAACUGGGGAGAAUGGGAGGAAGUACUUGGCCCCAAGGACACACUUGUCCAGAAUCAGGGUGGCCACACCGGAGGACAGGAUCUUGAUGGCAAUGAAUGUGAUAAGACACUCAGCUGCCAGUCCUCACUUCUUACACACCAGGGAGUCCGUUCUGGAGAAAGCAUGGAUGUCUCUGGCGAGCAUGCUAAAUCCUGUAGGCAAAGCUCGACCUUGAAUGAACAUGAGCAUUUUCAUACUGGGCAGAGGCAGGACAUUUGCAGCAGAUGUGGGAAGUGCUUGAGCCAGAAUUCCAUGCUCGGUUAUCCCCAGACAUGGCAAGAAGGAGAAGCCACCUGUGAGUGCAGUGAGUGUGCAGAAUCUCUGGCCUGCAGCUCAACACUCACUCAGCACAAGGAAGUUCAGAUUGGAGAAAGACCUUACAAGUGUGACUGUGGGAAGUCUUUCACCUCCAUCUAUAGCCUCAGCUGCCAUCAGAGAGUUCACACAGGGGAAAGGCCUUAUGAGUGCAGCGAGUGUGGGAAGUCCUUUACCUUUAGCUCCAACCUGCGCUACCAUCUGAAAGUUCACACGGGAGACAGGCCUUACGAGUGCAGCGAGUGUGGGAAGUCCUUCAUUACUCGUGCUGCUCUCUUUUACCAUCAGAGAGUUCACACUGGAGAGAGGCCUUAUCAGUGUAGUGAGUGUGGGAAGUCCUUCAACAAGAUGUCAACUCUCAUUCAGCACCUGAGAGUCCACACGGGAGAAAAGCCUUACAUUUGCAGCCAGUGCGGGAAGUCUUUCACCUCCAAUUCCAGCCUCCGUUACCACCACAGAGCUCACACGGGAGAAAGGCCUUACGAGUGCAGGGAGUGUGGGAAGUCUUUCACCUCGAAUUCUGGGCUCCGUUACCAUCACAGAGCUCACGUAGGCGAGAGGCCUUUUGAGUGCAGGGACUGUGAGAAAUCCUUUUCCUCUAGUUCCAGCCUCCGUCUACAUCAGCGAGUCCACAGAGGAGAUCGACCUUAUGAGUGUAGUGAGUGCGGGAAGUCCUUUACCUCUAACUCCCAACUGCUUGGUCAUCAGAGAGUUCACACUGGAGAGAGGCCUUACGAGUGCAGCCAGUGCGGGAAAUCUUUCACGUCCAAUUCCAGCCUCCGUUACCACCACAGAGCUCACACGGGAGAAAGGCCUUACAAGUGCAAGGAGUGUGGGAAGUCUUUCACCUCUAACUCUGGGCUCCGUUACCAUCACAGAGCUCACACAGGAGAGAGGCCUUAUGAGUGCAGGGACUGUGGGAAACAUUUUUCUUCUAGUUCCAGCCUCCAUCUCCACCAGAGAAUUCAUAGAGGAGAUCGACCUUAUGGAUGUGAGGAGUGUGGGAAGACUUUUACCUCUAACUCACAACUGCUAGGCCAUCGGCGAGUUCACACUGGAGAGAGGCCUUACGAGUGCAGUGAGUGUGGGAAAACCUUCAGCCAAAAAUAUUACCUCUCAACUCACCAGAGAAUUCACAACAGAGAAAAACCUUAUGACUGUAGUGAGUGUGGAAAGUCUUUUUCUUAUAUUUCCAGCGUUGUCUACCAUCAGAGAGUCCACACAGGAGAAAGGCCUUAUGAGUGCAGUGAGUGUGGGAAAUGUUUUACCUCUAGUUCUCACCUCAGCUGUCACCUGAGAGUCCACACGGGAGAAAGGCCUUACGAGUGCAGUGAAUGUGGGAAAUGCUUUGCCUCCAGCUCCCAGCUGCUUUGUCAUCAGAGACUGCACACUGGAGAACGGCCUUUUGUGUGCAGUGAAUGUGGAAAAUCUUUCCUCACCAGCUCUAAACUCCACUAUCAUCAGAGAACUCAUACUGGAGAAAGUCCGUAAGAGUCUGUAUGACAGAAGAGGAGUGGUGUGCUGACAGAUGACAACUUAGUUUUUCCCUGUCUGUAUUUGUCUAUAUUGCUGCUCAGCAGGGGAUGUGGACCUUUCAGGUUCUCGUAUGACUCCUGGAUGCUGAGCGUGUUUUUAGAGUUUCAGCAAGGACCCUGAGGAGGGGAUAUGAGAACCCUAAGUGCUUUGGAGAGCAGCAUGAAUUUUUUCCCCUUAUUAAAAGGAGCUAUCACAGGAUAUCCCAAGGCUCUUUUAAAAAGAAAAGAUGAAGGAAAAGAAAAAAGAAAAAAACAGCUGUUACUUGGUUCCACAAUUCACUGGGUUGGGAUCAGUGAUAUAAAGCUAUAGGUUGUACCUCUAUUACCUUACAACUUUGUAAAUCAAUAUUAAA